GUGUGCAAACUGCUUAUCCGUCCGUCUGGAAAAUGAGAUCGACCAAAAAAGGAUCCCAUCUAACUAGUUCAGUAUUUGUUACCGUUGAAUAAAAACGUCGAGAGAUUAUUCAUGUAAAAAGUGUCACGUUACAUUAAAGGGAGUAUUGUACACCCAGUUUAUCAGAUGCAGUGAUAAAUUUUUUAUAUGGCAUUAUCCUAAGAUCACUUAAACUGUACUUCCUUUAAAACUGCAGGAACACCGGCGUAUAGUCUACCGCUUAAUUCGAAGUGCAUUUUAUGAUUUAUUUCACGAUAAAGAGGAAAUCACUGUUAUGAAUGAUUUCCCAGCAGACAUAUUUGCUCAACGGCAAUAAUCUACAGGUCCGGCCAUCAGCUGGGUUUGUGAGUCCCACACGGCGGCUGGAUGGACGCCCCGAUGCGGAAACGGCGCAACUCCGCGGGCCAGGCGUCCGGCUUCCUCCCGGGUUCCCUUGCACAUUUUUGGUUGUCGCGCUGCGUGGUGGAUCGUCCACCCCGAAAGCCAGUGGCCGAAUUGGGUCCCGGGAAUCUGAGAGUUUGCAGAAGAAACAGCAGUUCCACCUGGACCUCUGGUUCUAUUUCACAGUACAGAACUGGAUACUAGACUUCGGGAGACCUAUCGCCAUGCUGGUCUUUCCGCUUGAGUGGUUCCCCCUGAACAAGCCCAGCGCUGGCGAUUACUUCCACAUGGCUUACAACGUCAUCACGCCCUUCCUGCUUCUGAAGCUUAUAGAGCGCAGUUCCAAGACCCUCCCCCGGUCGGCGGUGUACCUCUGCAUCAUCACCUUUGUUAUGGGAGCCAGCAUCCAUCUGGUGAGCGACUCGGUCAACCACCGGCUGGUGCUGAGCGGCUACCAGUUGCACCUUUCCGUCCGGGAGAAUCCCAUCAUCAAGGACCUGCAGCCGGCCUCUCUGAUCGAUUCAUUUGAGCUUCUUUACUAUUACGAUGAGAACCUCGGGCAUUCCAUGUGGUACAUUCCCUUCUUCAUCAUCCUCUACGUUUACUUCACGGGCUGCUUCACAAGCAUCCGGGAGGAGGGGAGGACACCGCUGUCCUCCUGGCUCUUGUUGGGACCCAGCGCGCUCUACUAUUGGUACCUGGUGACCGAGGGCCAGAUCUUCAUCCUCUUCAUCUUCACCUUCUUCGCCAUGCAGGCCACGGUCAUGCACCAGAAGCAAAAGGGCCUGGUUCCGGACAGUAACGGGCUCUUCCUGUUCUACAGCUUCGGCCUGGCUCUGCUGCUGGUCAGCGUCUGGGUGGUCUGCCUCUGGAACGACGACGUCCUGCGCAAGCGCUACCCUGGCAUCAUCUACGUGCCCGAGCCCUGGUCUUUCUACACCCUGCAUGUUAAGGGCCGCUAGCUAAUCACAGGCUGCCUCUGGGUGGCGCUCUUGCAGGAAAUGGUGUUCUGAAGCCAACCAAUCUGAAACCCCAAAGCUCUUAUAGGAUUUUUUUAACCUAAUUUUCACCCCAUUUCCACAACUGCUUGGGGCAGCAGUGAUCAAGCAAACUGACUGGUGAGCACAAAGGUAUGGUAUCUACUCUAAGUUCCUCCUCCUCGUUGUUGGGGUGCACUGGCAGGAUUGACUUCCUGUACACCUCCCCCACAUUAAGGCAAUAUGACACUGAGGGGGCAGUAAAUAUAAUAACAUAGUUACUCAUUCCAAUAGUUCUAGGAGAGGUUUUUUAGAAGCUUAUAUAUUUUAAAGAAGUAUUACGUAUGACUGUAACUAACAGUGACAUUGUGUUUAUAAACUUCAGCUUAAUCUACUUACAAUAUGAACUGACAUAAGAGAUGAAUGUGAGUUAAUUUCUCUAAUAACAUGUGGCCUUUUGAAAGAUCAAUUUCACUAGAUGAAUUUUGUUGUCAUUUACUGCAUAAUUCAGGUGUUUUAUUUUUUAAAAUAUACAAACCUUGUUUCUUA